AUGUGCUUGAAUGUUAUUAAGGUGGCUAUCUUUCAGCGCGCUUGGUCUCAUGUGAGCGCACACGUAAUUCGUGCUGAGAAUCUUUCUGAGGUACGUGAAUCUGCCCUUGCUGCUGCUGCUGCCGCGAGUACUACUUCGAUGGGCACCAGUGGCACCAAUAGCGGCUCUUCUUUAGCGACUGCUACAACGUCUAGUAAACGUGCUAGCACUCGCCUUGCUUCCGGCUCGUCGGCUUCUUCCAGUCGACCCAUCACCGGAGGUGUACUUGGACUCAUACCAACACCACCAGGUAGCGCAGGUGCCGCCAGUGCAGGCUCAAUUGCCUCUGCUUUUUCGGCUGCUGGAUGCGGUCAAACUUACAGGGAUGCAAUGGCGCAAGCGCGUACACAACUUGCCAUCGCCGGUGGCCUUGUAGAACUAGCGACCUCCAACUAUCGUGGCGCUGCUAACUACUUCCUUAUGGCAAAUUAUGAUCACCUCGAAUCCCCUGGUCGUUAUAGUCUAAUCACGCCAUCUGACCUCGCCUAUUAUGUGACGCUUUGCUGUCUGGCCACUUUCGACAGGCCCGAAUUGGCCUGCCGUGUAAUGGGUAGUCCUAACUUUCGUCUAUUGCUCGAAGCUGAGCCGGUCUGUCGAGAAGUUCUGACUUCUUUCCAUGUACAAGCUGAUUAUGCUACUUGCCUGCAGCGUUUGCAUAGCGUCAAGGAUGUUCUUCAGUUGGAUAUCUUUCUGGCUGACCAUGUCAAUAUUCUCUGCCGUGAGAUUCGUUCUCGUGCUAUUUGUCAAUGA